AUGGGAUCGACGGCGGCGGUCAUGUGGGAGUCCUCUCUCCCCGCCCCUGCCGCUGGCGCUCCCCCUGCCACUGAGGAGGAGCCCAAGAAGAAGCGCGAGUACAAGGGCUUCGAGGAGAAGCACGAAGGUGACAAGCAUGUCAAGGUCGACAUGAACACCAUCAGCUUCACCGCUGCCGACCUUUACGACAAGGACAAGGUCGACAUCGAGCACGUCGUCAUGGAGGAGAUGUUCCACCUCCUCCAGUGCGACGCCAACGGUCUCACCACUGCCCAGGCCGAGGAGCGUAUCGGCAUCUUCGGUCCCAACAAGCUCGAGGAGAAGUCUGAGAACGUCGUCCUCCAGUUCCUGUCCUUCAUGUGGAACCCUCUCUCCUGGGUCAUGGAGGGUGCCGCCCUCGUCGCUAUUGCGAUGUCCAACGGUGAGGGCAAGCCUCCUGACUGGCCCGACUUCGUCGGUAUCGUUCUCCUUCUCUUCGUGAACUCGACCAUCGGUUUCAUCGAGGAGCGCAACGCUGGUAACGCUGUCAAGGCUCUUAUGGACUCUCUUGCCCCCAAGGCUAAGGUUAAGCGUGACGGUGUCUGGAAGGAGGUUGAGUCUGCCGAGCUCGUUCCCGGAGACCUCGUUUCUUUCAAGCACGGUGACGUCUGCCCUGCCGACUCGCGUCUCAUUGAGGCCGUUGAUGUUUCCAUGGACCAGGCUGCCCUUACCGGAGAGUCUCUUCCCGUCGGCAAGGACGAGGGUGACGAGUGCUUCUCUGGCUCUACCUGCAAGCAGGGUGAGGCUGAGGGUAUCGUCAUCUCCACUGGUCCCAACACCUUCUUCGGUCGCGCUGCUACCCUUGUCGGCCAGGAUAACGACCAGGUCGGACACCUGCAGAUGGUUCUCGCCCGCAUUGGUUCCUUCUGUCUCGUCUCCAUCGGUAUCUUCGUCCUUCUCGAGAUCCUCAUUCUCUACGCCGACUUCCGUUACUCUUACCGCCGCGGUCUCGACAACAUUCUUGUGCUCUUGAUCGGUGGUAUCCCCAUUGCCAUGCCUACUGUCCUCUCGGUUACCCUCGCCGUCGGUGCCCAGCAGCUCGCCAAGCACAAGGCUAUCGUUACCCGUAUCACUGCCAUUGAGGAGCUUGCCGGUGUUACCAUCCUCUGUUCCGACAAGACUGGUACUCUUACCACCAACAAGCUUACCAUUGACAAGGAGAACGUCAAGUGCUACUCGCACUGGGACGUCGACGGAGUCUGUCUCCUCGCUGCCUACGCCUCGCGUACCGAGAACCAGGACGCCAUUGACGGCUGUGUCGUCGGCACUCUUCCCAACCCCGCCAUGGCUCGUGAGGGCAUUGAGCUCCUUGACUUCAAGCCCUUCAACCCCGUUGACAAGCGUACCGAGAUUACCUACCGUGACCUCCGUGACGGCGGCAAGCUUAAGCGUGUCACCAAGGGUAUGACUGGUACUAUUAUCGACCUCUGCUCGCGCAACAAGACUUCCGAGCUUGAGGACCGUCUCGAGGCUGACGUCGAGGAGUUCGCUCUUCGUGGUCUCCGUGCCCUUGCUAUCGCUUACGAGGAUGUCGUCGGUGGUGACGCCCAGUCCCCCGGCAACGGCUUCGAGCUUGUUGGUCUCCUCUCCAUCUUCGACCCUCCCCGUUCCGACACCAAGAAGACCAUCGAGGACGCCCAGGACCUCGGUGUCGAGGUUAAGAUGGUUACCGGUGACCAGCUCGCUAUCGCCAAGGAGACCGGUCGUCGUCUCGGUCUCGGUGACCACAUGUACCCCGCCAAGGUUCUCAAGGACGGCCCCGAGCCCGGCUCGAAGCACGCCAACCUCGACGAGAUGAUCAUGGACGCCGAUGGAUUCGCUGGUGUGUUCCCCGAGCACAAGUUCGAGAUUGUCAAGCGUAUCCAGGCUCUCGGCCACCUCUGUGCCAUGACUGGUGACGGUGCCAACGACGCCCCCGCUCUUUCGCGUGCCAACGUCGGUAUCGCUGUCGAGGGUGCCACCGACGCUGCCCGUGGUGCUGCCGACAUUGUCCUUACCGAGCCCGGUCUCUCUACCAUCGUCCACGCCAUCUACGGUUCCCGUGUCAUCUUCCAGCGUAUGCGUAACUACGCCAUCUACGCUUGUGCCGUCACCAUCCGUAUCGUCGUUGGUUUCGCUAUCAUGGCCUUCGCUUGGAAGUUCGACUUCCCUCCCUUCAUGGUCCUUGUCAUUGCCGUGCUCAACGACGGUACUAUCAUGACUCUCUCGCUCGACCGUGUCCUUCCUUCGAAGACCCCCGACUCUUGGGACCUUGCCGAGGUCUUCUCGUUCGGUAUCGCUUACGGUCUCUACCUCGCCGCCUCGACCAUUGCUCUCUACGCUGUCAUGAACGAGACCAACUGGUUCAACGACAAGUUCGGCGUCGAGCCCUACCGCAACAACGACUACGGCUCGCACAUGGUUAUCUACCUCCAGGUCGCUAUCAUCUCGCAGGCCCUCAUCUUCGUUACCCGUUCGCACGGCCCCUCGUGGACUGAGCGUCCCUCGGUUGCUCUUAUGGCUGCCUUCUGUAUUGCCCAGCUCAUCUCGUCCAUCAUUGCUGCCUACGGCAACUGGGGCUUCUCCCAGGUCCGUGCCAUCUCUGGUGGAUGGAUCGGUAUCGUUUGGGUCUGGAACAUUGUCUGGUACAUCCCUCUCGACCUGGUCAAGUUCGUCAUGAAGAAGACCGUCAUUGCCGCUCUCCAGAAGCGCAAGGCUGCCAAGGCUGCGGCUCCCCUCGUCGACGAGUCUGGCGAGCGCCUCCAGCGCACCGCCUCUCGCCACGAGUCGCUCUAUUCGAACCGCACCAACUUCCUGUCGCGCGCUACCCGCCGCCUCAAGGGUGGAGCCAAGAUCAACAUCUCGAAGAACGAGCUCGAGCGCUUCUCCUCGAUCCAGGCCCAGCAGUCUGGCGCCGCUCUCCAGCGUGCUGCUUCGCGCCAUUAA